AUGGAACCAAAAGGCCCCGAAGAGGCACAACAGGAACGUGUCGUUGAGCUCCGCGACUUCAAGGAUCAAGAAGGCUAUGUUGUCGAUGCAGCAGACCAGGAGCACGUGAACCUCAAGACGGCACCGGAUGGACAUACAAUACUCCUACCUCAGCCUUCUUCUGAUGUGAACGAUCCUCUCAACUGGAGCAAGUUCAAGAAACACCUAGUCCUUAUCAUAAUAUCCAUGACAGCAUUUCUUCCCGACUAUGGCAGCGGCGCAGGAGUCGUGACCAUCUUGCCACAGGCUGCUAUCUGGAAUAUGUCCCCGGACACGGUAAAUCACGCCACGUCGGGAAACGUGUUUAUGCUCGGUGCUGCUGGACCUAUAAUUGUUGCUCUGGCUGCCUACUUUGGUCGCCUUCCGGUGCUCUUCUACUUUGUUGUCCUAGCCACAGCCACUGCCAUAUGGUGUGCUGCAGCUCAAUCCUUUGAAUCGUUUAUGGCCGCGCGGAUACUGAACGGCUUCUUCAGCACGGUUUCUCAGGCGGGCGGCCUUAUGUUCAUCUACGAUACCUUCUUUUUCCACGAAAGAGCAAGGAAGAUUAACAUAUGGUCCGCAUUCAUUAUCCUGUCCCCCUACUGGGGACCGUUCUUUUCGGCAUUUAUUAUUACUACUCAACCAUGGCAAGUUGCCUUCUGGGUCUACGUUGCAAUGACUGGCCUCUGCCUAACCCUGAUCAUCCUAUUUGUUGACGAGACGUACUACGACCGUCGCAUUACGCCUUCCGAACAACCUCCUCGAAAUACUCGCAUUUCCCGCCUCUUGGGCAUCUCGCAAUUCAAAUCACGCCAUCUCAGAAAUAGCCUUGGUCAAGCUCUGAUGAGGCCUCUGAAAGUCAUUCUGAAGCCCACCGUUUUUAUUUCAACCCUUUACUACCUGCUGACAUUCGCGUGGGCGGUAGGCGUCAAUACCUCGCUCUCAAUCUUCCUGACAACUUCAUACGGGUUCGGUCCUCUACAGAUCGGUUACUUCUAUUUUACGCCUCUCGUGGCGGCAUUAUUGGGAGAGGUAACUGGCCACUGGCUACACGACUCUAUCUUCAAGCAAUAUAUCCGGUCUCACGACGGACAUUUUGAGCCCGAAGUCCGGCUACGUGCCAUAUGGGUUUCAACUCCGUUCACUAUAGCGGGUCUAGUAGGAUUGGGUUUUGCGCUCGAAAACACCUACCAUUAUAUGGUGGCCGCUGUCUUCUGGGGUCUAUACGUCUACGGCGUCAUGAUCAGCACCGUCGCGGUCAAUGCGUACAAUCUUGACUGCUACCCUGAGGCGGCCGGAGAGACAGCAGCUUGGGUCAACUUUGGCCGAACGGCCGGCGGAUUCAUCAUCUCCUAUCUUCAAAUCACGUGGGCCAAUGCACAAGGCACGAAGACCACAUUUGGUAUCCAGACCGCGAUUUCGGUGUUCGCUUUUCUGUUGGUGAUACUCCUCCAGUACAUCGGGAAAUCACUGAGGAUCUGGAGUGGACCUCUGAAGUUUGUCACUUCUUGA